AUGAAUGGUUAUUUUUCUACCAAGUCUAAUGUUCACAACUUUGGUGUGUUGGAUUUGGAGAUAAUAAGUGGGAAAAAGAAUUUUGGAUUUCAGCAUCCUAACCAUAACUUGAACCUUCUAGGGACAUAUGCGUCUUCUGUUGCCACACAGACAACCAUUCUGGCAAUGAAGUGUUUGAUGAAAGAACCCAAACAUAGACCGAGUGUUGAUGAGUUAGAUAAAGCAUUGGAGCAGAUUCAGGAAUUGCAGAAAGCUUUUAAGAAUGUUGGAAUGGAAUCAGUGAGAAAAGAGAAUCAGAAUGGGAAUAGGAAGUGUGAUUCUCAUUAG